UCUCUCUCUCUUUCUCUCUCGUCGAGCCGUGUCAUCCCCCUUUUAAUCGUAAUCGGUAUCGGUUAAGUACCGGUCAAUUUCUCUUCUUUGUCGCAUGAUUACGUGCCUUUCUUUCCUCUCUUUUGUUGCUGCCAAUUGAGGCAAUUGGACACGACAAAGAGAAGAGAAAGGCUAGAAGGAGAUAAAGGACGGAAAUUCUGAAGGGUGAUUCUGACCUUGGCGCGACGAGUGCCAAUGUUCGAUACGGAGAAAUUUAUCGAGGAGAUCGAGAAACGGCCGGCGAUUUACGAUGUGAAUCGCAGCGAGUACAACGACCGUAAUGCCAAGAUGACCGCGUGGGACGAGGUCUGCCAGGUGAUGGUACCGAAUUGGGCGCGCUUGACGGACGAGGAGAGAAACGUAGAAGAGAAAAAUUUACGGGGAAAGUGGAGAAAUAUCCGUGACUAUUUCAUGAAAGAACUGAAGCUUCAGAAAUCCCAGAAAUUGGGGCCAGCUGGUCGGAAGCGUAAGAAAUACAUGUAUUUCGAUCAGUUGUUGUUCCUUAUGCCAACGGUGGAGAACAAACGGAAUGCCGGCACUACGUUAAGUAAUUGCAAAUCUGAGGAAAGCGAGGGCGAAAUGGACAAUCCGGUAAUCGAAGAAUACGAUGUACCAUUGGCCCACGCCGCUCCCUCCAUUGCGACCGGCAGGGAAUAUCUACAACCGAGCGCAUCCUAUAAAAUGUGCCCCCGUUAUCCAAAGCAGCUUUGCGAGACGUCGUUCACGUCCUUCGAUAAUGAAAUUCACGAUAUCUUGUCGUCGCACAGUAGCCAACGCGUCGCGUACGACGAGGAUGACUACGACAAAAUGUUUCUGCUCUCCUUAUUGCCGAUCAUUCGACAAGUACCAGAAGAGAAGAAACUCGACGUCCGGAUACAGAUGCAACAAGUCUUGGCGCUAGCGCUUCGCCCUCCGGACAGCAUGCAAUGAUAAAUUCCAAUCAUUCGACAAUUUAUUAAUCAAAGCGUUAUGAAACAGGUCACGUGAGUAUGCUAGUCCACGCGGAAAAUUGUGCCUCUUAAUUAAUCGUUAGCAACGAUGAUUAAAAGGCAAUCGAUCUAAUAUCACGGAUAAGAUAUUUUUGAACUUUGGAACUAUAGCACUACGGAGUCACGAUAGAUUGCACUUUGAUUCGUGUUCGUUCUAAUAAUGACUGAUUACAUGAUAGAUAUAUAGACGAUAAAUCGUGUCGUAAACGUAACGAAACUGUUCGAAGAGAACGUUUCGAACGUAGGCCUUUGAAACGAAAGAAAGAAAAGAACCAUGACUUAACCGAUUACCUAUGACAUCGAGUACCUAUAUCUGUGAUAUUACCCGAGAAAAACUACUUUUGACAGUUGCAAAACCGAGAAUAGAAUCUAUAACGCUUCCUACUUUAGUAUAGGAGGCGCGAUAUAGUUUUUUUUUUCUUUUUUCUUUUU